UCUCACAGAAAAUAUAAUUAUGUAUAAAAUGAUAAAACAAAAAAUUGAAUUUAAAUUUGAAUUUGAGUUAUAAAUAGUGUAUAUGUCCUGUGAGGGCCCUAGUCAUCAUGCAUAUAUUGUUUUUACUCAAUAGCAGCAACUAAUCGCACCGCCUACUAUUGACUGGUAGAUUUUGCAUGGUGUUGAGUGCGCCAAAUAUUUACUUUUAGUAAUCGUGUGCAGCGAGGUUAUAAAUAAAUAAAUGUAUGAAAAUGGUUGUAUUUAAUCUAAAGUAGUAGAACUGGCAAAUAGUAAAUCCGCGUGAAGUAUGUUAUCAAUAGAAUCCACUGAAAAAGAACACAACGGAUGUUAUUCAGUUAAAUCUACACUAGCGAGCAAAAGUAUGGAAUCACUUACUUGGAAUUGAUUCCGCGCAAUUUUGAGUACACUUUAUUAUCACUACACUAAGACCGAUACGGGUGUCUUAACGCACGCGGCCAACGACAUUCUGCUAAGGCGAUGCGUCCCGCACGCAACUUCGCAAUUUAAUUUAUAAAAUAAAUCCGCGAUAUAAUGAAGUUGUCCCUGGCGUUAGUAGUGUUUACAUUUGUGUUAACAAAUGGACAGUCGCCAGUAGAUAAUAUCCGAAAUGAAUUUUAUACAAUAGAAGAUCAACAGUGGAGGCGUGUGAACGACCAGCAAUGGCGCAGGUCAGGCGGCGACAUCGAGCUGGCCAAAGUGUUUGUUUUCUUCAACAUUGAAUCGGUUCAACAGAAAACGCGGCAAAUACCGCAUGUAGCACUGAACAGCUCGUGGUGGCGGAAGCCGCAGCAACAGAUACAACAAAUUGAAAAUAUGUACAAUAAGUUCUUAGAGUUCAUGACGCGGCAAUCGCAACCGGGCGCCACGUCGGCUAGCUCGGCAGAGUGUCUGAAUUUAGUAAAGAGUGUACUGACAGAUCCGAAAACCGCUGUGUCUCAAGUAAUAUUGGAUCUUCAACAUUCGGCGCUGAGUACAUUUCACAAUAUUUUGCAGGAGCAACAUCAGUACUUCCAACGGUCAAAACUGUGCGAGAUGCAGAUGUCACCUCACCAGCUCAUCUACGACGUAUACAACACUUUAGCGCUGGCGGAGGUCAAAGCCUACGCCAUGAUACAGUUCUCAUGGAUGCUAAAGAAAAACUACGAAACAGGGAAUAUAACACUAGAAACACGUAUGGCGAGGCAGAAGUCUGAACAACGCGCGACAGAGACAGCAGACGCGGCUAGAAUUGCUUUGGCUCAAGCCAAAAUCGAAUUAUACCGUUGCGACCCAAAGAAACAUAAAUCGGGAAAAACUUACGAGGAGGUAACCCGUUUGCUGCAAGGUUAUAUAGAAAAUGAAGUGGAUAUGAACAAGGAAAAAAGUUGCCAUAAUCAGUGUUCUUCUUACGUAAUGGCCAAAAGCUAUGGCUGCUUCAAAGAUAAAUUCUGCGGGAGACAACCUCGGUGCAAUGGCAAUAUAUAUGAAUGUCAAUUUGUUGAGUCUGACAUGUCAGUUUGUACCUCGAGCUCUAGAAGUAAUCGUCGAUAUGAAUGGAUAAAAUAUGUCAAUGGACACAAUCUUGGAAGAGACAGUAACUGUACUCUUCACAAAGGAACAAAGCAACAGGUGCAAUCGUGGUGGCACUGGUUGGUCUGGCACUGUUCCUACUGCAUGUGCUUGUGUGACGACCCAGAAAAUUCCGACCGCUACUUCAGUCUCAGAGAAGCCAUCUCCGAUAUUGAAAAAAACAAGGUUAUAACUGGUAUCCGUAUCAUAAAACAGGGGAGGAUGUUCCACCUUCAAAUCAGUCAGGGUACACUAACUAAAGAUGGGCACGUCCAUCUUGAGUCCUGGGUACCUUGCCAAAUAUUUCAUAACACUGACCCAGACGUGACAGAUGGCGUGGAUUACCACACUUUGAGUUACAUGAAAAGAGCAAUCGACUUGGACGACAUCGUGGCACCGGAUGGAUACGUUUUGACUGGAGUAAGAUUUCGCUUGCUGGGCACACAUUUGAACCUGAGUAUACGAGUAACAAAAUUAGACUUCAUCUCCGGCCUUCUGACGCCUAUCAAUAGUAUAUGGAUAGGCAACGAUAACACAGACGCAAGCAAUACUCCCAGGAGCCGUUUGAAACUAAUUCGGCCAUUCUUGCCGACACUGAGCACCGCUGCAAUGCCGGAGAACUCUAGACACGAUCAGUUCAUGGAAUUCACGCAUAGCAGCUUCGAGACUGAUGCUGCUCAGACCACCGUGCCAUUCAUCGACAUACAACCAAUACAGCCGUAUGGCCGCGGCGCGCUGCUGAGCGGCGUGGGCGUGAUGCACCGCGCGGAGCCCGGCUCCGGUGGCUUCCUCGCACUCAAACUCUUCACCUAUAAGUACACGAACCACGUGCACGCCUACUUUAGAACAACGUCCUGACUACACUCUUCAGUUGCUGAAUUUUCAAAAGAGACCAGGGCUUAACAACCAAUGGAGACCGUCGAGUCUGAACUACUACUAAUAUAAGCUUACUCCAAUAAAGUCCAAAAUCAAAACUCCAAUUUAAAAUAUAUAGAA